CUUCCUGCGGGACAGACUCGCGCCGUCCAGCACGAGAGGGAGAGGACUGUCCGCCACGAAGCAACAUGGAGGAGAGUGACCUGCUCAGAGAGAGACUCCAGGCCAUCACUGAGAAGCAUCAUAUUCAAGAAGACAUUAGGAAGAAGAAACUGGAACUGGACCAAGAGAAACUCAAACUACAGCAUCUGAAGAAAAAGGCUCUGAGAGAGCAGUGGCUGCUGCAAGACUCCCAUAAUGCAGUCGACUGCACACAGCAGCAGAGCCUUCUGUCCGACCAGCAACAGGCCAGAGCGCUGCAGCUCAGGAUCCACAGGAUAGAAAUGGAGGUGGAGUCUCUGGAGAGAGAGGAGUCUAUGAUUAGCACCAACGAGGGCUUCAUCCUCAACAGACUCAAAACUGUGGAGAAAAGUCCAGAAGAAAUUAUCAAGGAAGCCCACAGUAGCUUUGUUCCCGAACCAUUGCAGGUCACCACAGUAAUCCCAGAUGUACCAGAAUUCCUCUCUUCACCAGCUAGUGAACGCUCUGAGCCAAACACACCAAGAAAGAUUCUUGAUGUCCCUCUGGAAGAGCUACACCAACACACCACACUCAAGGGGUCACAUGACCAGCUAUCAGACAAUGAGGUGGAACAUUUGCUGAGAAGUGCUACAGUGCAUCACCAAGUAAAGUACCAAAACUGUUGCCAACAUUCCAGGACGAGGGAGGAACAAAGCUUUUCCAGCCACCGAGAUGAGAGGGACAGAAACCAGGCAGGACACUGUGAUAAGCAUGUCCUCAGAAGACACAUAGCAGAGAAAGACUUUAGUUGUAGUGAAAACUGGCAGAGAAAACCACACAGUGAGCAUCGCUAUAGUAGCCAGGAAAGCUGUUACAUCAGAAAUGAAGGCAGGAACAAGCAAACCAUUCUGAAGGAAAGUCGUUACAAGGCACUGGAUCAUCUCUGUCGCAACCAACAAGACUGUCACUACAGUUCAUACCAAUUGAGGAAUUGCCACAGUAUUCAGGAAGGUGGACCUGCUUGCCACCACCUCAGCAGCAUAACCAGAAGCAGCAGUAGGAUGAAUGGAAGCAGAUCCAAUGGCUAUCAUCCUCUUAGCUCACACGACCAGGAAGUACUAACAGCCUAUCAGCCACAGUUCAGCUACACCCCCAGUUAUAUUCCUCCUACUGAUUAUAUCAGUGAGGAACAUUACUGCUACUGCCUGCCAUCAUACAAGCCAAACAGGCAAACAGAGAACAGCCACAAUCGAGACACCGCUCAGUACAGGGACCCCACUUACCCUCACAGUGUGCCCUCCCCCCUCUACCGAGAUGACCCCCCUUACACAAUCCUUAACACCUUGGACACUACUGAGCCAAUCACAGCCAUCUUCAUGGGGUUUCAGACAGCACGGGAUGACAGCAGGCAGGUUCAAGGGUUUGAAGGCUCCCUCAAGGCCGAGCUGGUCAUCGUUGAAGAUAAUGAAGACUUUAAAGACAGCAACAUGAAGGAUAAGAGGAGCCACGGCCACAUUCGAACAGGAAGUACGAGCAGUGGAACCAUGCAGGGAGUUGGAGACAGGCACACAGAGAGACGGGUGGGACCAGGUAUUAGAAAGAUCCAGAAAAACCAACAAUCGUGCUGUAGUCUCUGCUAACUGGACUAAAAAAAUGUGUGGCUUAGUGUCCGACGCUGAGUCGAGUCUGCUGAACUAAUGACUUUAUUGCAAUGCCUAAUUUAUUUAACACGGUGGUGCUUGAAAUGACCUGUUCUGCUGCAGUGCUCAUUGACUGCUUUUGUGAAAGGGAAGAUGUGAAAUCAUCAUCAGGGCUUCAGCUGUCAUAUUAGGUGUGAUUAACACAUUCUCUGACAAGUGCUGCAAAAAAAAGAACCCUAUUUAAUUUGGCUGCUGAGGGUAAAUGUGUCCUCACAGGAUCAGAUUGUCAACUCUAUCACAUACUAUUGUAUGUCUACUGUCUGUGCAUUCAACACACUUAUUGCUCACCAUGCACCCUACCAUCCAGAUCUGUCUCCCUGCUCCACCAUCAACCCUCACAAAAAGAAAUUCAAGCUGUGAUCCACCUCCAGGUUAUGUUGGCACAUGGCAUUGAAGAAGAUACUAAUAGAGAGAUUACGUCCUUAAACUUAGAUACAGCACUGUCAGAAAGACAUCUACUGUAAUGAAAUGUAUUCCCCACUGCUGUGUGAUCCAUUGUGGUAAAUUUAAAUGUUAUCAAGAAAUGAUCAGACAAAAGAAGGUUUUCAGGGAAUCAUGUUUAAUGUUCAGUUUCAGCUGAAACUGAUUAACAACCCCCUCUGCUACUGAAACUGACCAGAUUAAUAUCCCAGACAUGUAAUUGACUUGAUGCUCCUUCCUUGAAUUUUGUGAGCAGUGUAUUUAUGUUUUUGUCCUAAUAUCUCAGUGGGUUUGUUUGGGACAACCAAAAGGCAGGAUGCAGCCUGCAGGACAUACAAUGCUGAGGUCGGCUCUAAGCAGACAUCCUUGGACCUUCCAGUUUGUUUUGACCAUGCAUUCGUAAUCAGAUACAAUCCCAGCCAUAAAUGUACACAUUAGUGGGGGUGAUGAGUGCGCGAGUCCUCCCUGUUAUUACCUUAUGACUUGAGAUGUGAUUAGCAGUGUUGGGUUUAUUACUCAAAAAAAGCAAUUUGUUACACAGUACGUGUUGCUUUUCUUAAAAGUAAAACAGCACAGGGAAAGUAAUUUCUCACACUACUCAUUACAUUACUUUCAUGUUACUCCAUAAAAUGACCUGAAGAGCAUCGUCUCAUAAUUACCACUUAACAAUAUAAACCGUUGGGUACAGUUUUACACACAACACAAAUCCCAAUCGGAAUGAGGACACACAGGAUAUGUAUGUGCGCAGGUGCUUUAUACAACAUGCCUCAUUCACACAGUGCUUUCUAUCUAACAUUCACACACAUUCAUAAUCAGUUGCACAGGAGAGCAACUCGGGGUUCAGUAUCUUGCCCAAGGACACUUUGGCAUGCAUACUGGAGCAGCCAGGGAUCGAACCACCAACCUUUUGCUCUACCUGCUGAGCUACAGCCACCCCCAUGAACCCAAAGCCAGCAACUUUUUGUAGGGUCUUUAUCUUACAAUAUAAAGCACCUUGAGGUGACUGUUUGUUGUGAUUUGGUGCUAUAUAAAUAAAAUUGAACUGAAUUGAAUUGAACAAAAAGUUGAAAACAAGCCCAAAGAGAUUUCAGAGUGAUUGCCAAAGUGAUUCUACUGUAGAAACAUGAGCAGGUAGAAACAGAGGCUGCAAGCCACAUAGGGUUCAGAGGGGAUUUUGGGUUACAUACAUAGGCCCCACAAAGACCUGAUGCAGAAGUAUAAUUCAGGCCUAAGGCAACAUUUCCCAAACGUUGUGUAAUAAUGUUUUCUUGACAAUAUAACUUUUGGUAAAAAUGACCAUUCCGAGAACAUUCCACAAAUGUUUCCUGGAUUUUCAAACCCGUUGUUUAGGCAACGUUCCACAAAUGUUUCCCAGACCUUUGAACCCACCGUUCGGGUGACAUUCUGUGAAGCUUCCCCUGGACCUUCACUUUCACCAUUCAAGUGUACGCUGUCUUCCCUGGCAGUCGUUCACGGUGAUGUUCCCAUUUUUCUUCCCACUACCCCCGUUGUUGGCAGCGGCUCCAGCUGUUGCUGCUCUCGGGAGGUUGUGUUAGCCAGUGUUACAAACGUAACAAGAUCACCAUUAGCCUGCUUCUGCAUCAGGUCUUUACUACAUACGUAGUAAUUGGUAAUCACAAUCAUUGCGGGGUGCGUCAACCUGACAUGUAGUUACAUUUCUCUAGAGGGUCACAUCAGGUUAUGUCAUAGGUCAUGGCGUUAGGGUUCAGAGGGGAUUUCUGGUUACGUACGUAAGCCCUACAAAGACCCGGUGCAGAACCAUAAUUCAGGCCGCAGCAGCAACUGACACAUCUGCCCAGGAGCAGCAACCUGCUAGUUGACCACACUUACAGCUCCUACCUGGUGAUCUGGUCCUGGUAGUGCAGGGGGAAUCACGAUCCUAACUCUCGUGUUAUUCGUUCCUGAAUCACUAUCCAUACCACUGCUUCUAAUUAUUAAUAAUAUCACAGAUAUCAGCAUCUAUUAGCAAUCAUAAUACAGGAAAAUGCUUUUAACAGAUCAAAUGGAAUAAAUAUGACUGAUAACAGCAAUUAGUAAAGGCGAUCCAAAUGUAAUUAAAUAUUGGUUAAAAAAAAUUCCAUAUGUUUACAAUAUUCAACAAAGCACAGUUUCCCAUUGUUUACAAUGUAAACAAUGCAAGAUUUUAGGCACAACUGUCAGGUACAGUGCAACAAUAUCCAAAAUAAAUCUAGUUUAUAGGAUUUCGUUCCACAAAACCAGAUUAUAGAAUGUCCCCUGAAGUUUAUUCUGCACUUAAAUUUAGAUACGCUUAAAGACAGAAUUUUUGGUUUUUGUUUUAAGAAAUACACAUUUUGAUCCAUUUAUUUAUUAAACAUGUUUUUAUCUAACGUAUUCCACUGUUGAGUGUAUCAGGAAUCAGAUCCUCUGCAGGCACUGAGUCUGUGCAAUAAAGAUAAAGUUGGAUCUCAGCAGAAUCCACAUUUAACAAAUUGUUUACAGACUUCUCUGAAGUGAAGCUUCCUUUAAGAUUUCACACAUUGUAGCUCACAUACCCAGAGAAGGACACGGUGGUUUUCUUUCCAUAACAUAUUUUUUUAAGUUCUGUGGCUCUUUUACAAUGACUGGAGGAAGAACAGAGUUGGGACAAACAGUGGCCCAAAGAUGCUGUACAGGACUGAAUAAUGAUGUCACAGUUUCCUUCAGUCACCUUGUGGUGAUCUAACAGUCAUCACCAAGUUUGAUCAAGUCAGAGUUUCCUGAACAACCAACACAUCUGUGAAAAAGACAAAGAGAAAAAUAGAUGUUUUGUUUAAACAAAAAGUUUUACAAAAAUACUCUUUUCCUGCUUGUAGCUUUUUAAACUCUGUGGUUGCAAUAGACAUUUUUUUUUCUCUUUAGUCAUCAAAUUCUCGUAGACUCACAAAUCUGCUUUAUAUUUCUCUGACUGCUUCUGUAAAUGUGUCCCAAUUCCAUCCAGCUCAACACAAACUUAAAUAAAUGCAUGUGCAGUA